AUGUUUAUCCUCUUUACAGCUUGGGUUGCCAUGCUUUCCAAGGAGUUCCCCGAUUGCAACGCAUACUCGUGUUUUAUGGCCUUAGAGGAAGCAGCUUAUGAUCAAAAGUCUGAGCUUCGUUCUCCUCCAACAAGGACUUGGAAAGUUCCAGUGUCAUCUCCAUGGGACAGUGUCCGCCUUGCUCUAGAAGGACUCAGUGGGGCAGGUCAUGGUGAAAGGACAUUCAGAGUUUUAACCAAGCUAGAUUUGUUGGACAAAGGCACUAAUGCUCUAGAUUGUACUCCAUACCCGGGAAGAUGCAAAACAGACACGGAGAGUAGUUGCAGUGCUCCAUUCGAGGGAUUUGUUGGUAGGACGUCUUGUGUUCUGACUCAGUUCUUGGAUGAGAUCAAUGGUAGUCAUCUACUUUUAUUUCCCAAAGUGCUUCACAGGAAGAAGUGCAUAUCCAAAUUUAUGAAGGAUGAAAGGAUACUCAAGGUGGAUACCGAUAGGGUCAUUUACCAGAUAAAUCGGGACCAAAAACUGUGUUUAGUCAGAGUUCUUCUGCAUGCAUACAAAGAAGGUUCCUUCGAAGAAGGAGCAGUUGUUUGUGCACCUCAAAUUGAUGAUGUAAUGUUGUUCACAACCAGAUCAGAGAUUUCCAAAGGAGAACUUCAAGUACCUGAGUCCUUUGUGAGAUCGUGCUUCUCUCAGCAAGCAACCGGUAAAUGGGAAUUUCAAGUACCUGAAGAUCCUGCUGCCAAAGAAUCUUAUAGAUUACCCAUUGGCUUUAUUACAACAGGAUUUGUUCGGGGAAGUAAGAAGCCUGUUGCGGUGGCUCUUUGCGAGGCUGUCUGUCUUGCUCGCCUGAGGGAGGAACAGUGGAAGGCUGUAGGUGUUAGGAAGAGAAGGAAGGAGAUCUAUGUCCUGGUUAGAAAUUUAAGGUCCACAGCAUAUAGACUUGCACUUGCUUCUAUCGUCCUCGAACAAUGGGAUGAUGAUGUUGAGUGCAUGUGAUUAGAUGAGGGUUCGCUAAGUUUAUUUACAAGAUUUAUGCAGAAAACUCUUCCUAAAGGUAAAAAAAAGACUAG